UAACCAGGAAGUAAAUACAGCCGGGCAAGUAUCACAAACGUGAAUGUCAACUGAGAGAAGACUGACACGGUAGACGCAUAAAUUGCAGUUAAACCUGUUUUAUGUCUCUACAAGUUAGCACCACUUGUACAUUUUAAAGAUUUAGGCGUCGGGAUGUUAUUAAGAUGCUCCGGGCUGCGGCAAAAUCGCUUUUUGUCACCGCUGUGUCCAGAAGAACGCUGUUAACUCUCAGGCAAUUCUCAAAGAAGACUCCACGGAAGCUCAGAGUUUCUGAGGCAAUUUCAGGCUCUGUGCUGGGAGCCGAUAUCCAAGUAUUAGGCUGGGUUCGUUCUGUCAGAUCGCAGAAGGCAAAUUUGUUCCUGGAUGUGAACGAUGGAAGCUCCCUGCAGUCAUUGCAGAUAGUCGCCAGUCCAGAGCUGAAUGACCCAUUGCUUACAUUUGGGAGUGCCGUGGAAGUGAGAGGAACACUAAAGAAAAGUCAGCACCAAAAGCAGCCGGUAGAGCUGGAAGCAGAGCACAUUCACAUCAUUGGAGAAUGUAACCCUGUGGAUUUCCCGUUUAAAAUCAAAGAGCGACACAAGCUGGAGUACAUCCGCCAGUUCCCGCAUCUUCGCAGCAGAACCAACGCCUUCAGCGCCUUGUUGAGGAUACGAAGCGAGGCCACCUCAGCUGUUCACUCGUAUUUCAAGGAGAAUGGCUUUUUGCACAUCCACACGCCCAUCAUCACUUCCAACGACUGUGAAGGUGCAGGCGAGCUCUUCCAGGUUGAGCCUUCCGACUCAGAGAGUGAGAUUCAUUUCUUCUCGGUUCCGGCCUACCUAACGGUGUCUGGACAGCUCCACUUGGAGGUCAUGUCAGGGUCAUUUUCCAGAGUUUACACUUUUGGGCCGACCUUUCGCGCAGAGAACUCGCAGAGCCGGCGCCAUCUGGCCGAGUUUUACAUGGUGGAGGCGGAGGUGGCCUUCACGGAGUCCAUCCAGGACCUGAUCAAGGUCAUGGAGGACGUGUUCAGGUGGACCACCGAGCACGUGUUGGACCGCUGUGCUCAUGAUGUGAAUUUGUUUCAUAAGCACGUGACAGCGGGUCACAGGGACGCCGUGGAGGCCAUGCUGAAGGAGCGCUUCCACGUGAUCACCUACAGCGAGGCCAUAAACAUCCUGAACCGCAGCUCCCAGACGUUCACCUUCCCAACACACUGGGGCUGCGACCUUCAGACGGAGCAUGAGAAGUACCUGGUGAAACAUUGUGGCCAGCGUCCCGUCUUCGUCACUGAUUACCCCUACCAGCUCAAACCCUUCUACGCCAGAGACAACCAGGACGGCCCUGAGCACACGGCCGCCGCUGUGGAUCUUCUGGUGCCAGGGGUCGGGGAGCUAUGCGGGGGCUCGCUGAGGGAGGAGAGGCUGGACCUGCUGAGAGCUCGCCUGGAGGAGGUGGGAUUAGAAGACGCCUACAGCUGGUAUUUGGAUUUGAGGCGCUUUGGCUCCGUCCCGCAUGGUGGAUUCGGCAUGGGCUUUGAACGAUACCUGCAGUGCAUUCUGGGAGUGGAGAACAUCAAAGAUGUGAUUCCUUUUCCCAGAUGUUCACACUCAUGUCUUCUAUAGAUAAGGAACUUUGCAGGCAGCUUCCCGACGGUGGGCGUGGUGUAGAGCUGGGAAAACAAGCCACAGACGCCCCGUGACGCUGCCGCGCAUCAGUCGAGCUUCCCCCGCGGAGGAGCCAGGGAUCGCCCGCUGACGUCUCCGUGA